AUGGGGUCUCUUCGACCCGGCGGCGGCGGCAGCGCGCUGCCGCUUGGGCCGCGUGCGCUGUGCGGCCUGCGGGCGCUGCUGGAGCCGCUGGUGCCGCCGGCGCUCUUGGUGCCGUCGGCGCCGCGGGCGCCGCGGGCGCCGAACGCGCCGCGAGCGCCGAGCGCGCCGCGGGCGCCUGGCACUGCGGCCGCCGCCUCCGUGGCCGCGGCGGCCUGGGCGGGUGCUGCGGCCGCUCUGUCGGCCGCAGCGUCCUGCGGUGCUUGGUUCACGGCCCCGCCAAGCCUCGGGUCGUGGGCAGACGCCGCCGCGGACGCCACGCAGCGGCGCGCCAGGGCGGACCUGCACGCCGAGGCGCUGCACGCCGAGGCGGUGCUGGAGGUGGCCACUGCCGCCGCAGAGCUGCAGGACGCGGUGCGCCGCCGCGCCGAGGAGUUGGCCUCCGAGCGGCGCGCCGGGGCUGAGCUGGUGGCUGCUGCCGCGGCCGCCGCGGCGGCUUGCGCUGCCGCAGCGCCCGCUGGCGCUGCGGCCGCGGCCGCCGCUGCUGUCGCCGCUGGCGAGGCCUUGUCGGCGAUGUCGGCGGCGGGCUGCGUGCCCGCAGGCGUCGGCGCGGGCGCCGCUGGGGGCGCCGCUGGGGGCGCCGCGGGCGCCAUGGGCGCCGCGGGCGCUGCGCUGCUGCGGCCUGCGACGCCGUGUAGCAGCUGGAGGGCGUCGGCGGGGAGGCUACACCGUCUGGCUCCAGCCUCGUGCCGUCCGCUGAACAGCCCGGACACCAGUCCGAUGCCGCGACCGACGACCGACCCUGCGCCCAUCGCCCCCCGUCUGCAACUGAACCCCACGCUGUCCCUGACGCCGACCACUCCCAGCUGGGAGUUCUGCUUCUUCCUGGAGGGGGGGACCGCUGGCGCCACUGCCUAUGCCAGCGCAGCCGGAAGAUUCGAUGAAGGCGUCCUCGUCAGCACAACCUGGGUCACUGGCGCCCGCAUCAUCGCCAGCACAGACGAGAAUUUCGAUGGCAGCUUCCUCGUCAGCGCAGCCUGGAUCACCGUCGCUAUCAUCCUCGCCACCCUCGUGGAGGGCGGACGCCCGGGGGAGACGAUGGCCUUCCUGCUGCGCGGCGGGCGCCAGCGCCUCGCCGCGGGGCUCCAGCGCCGGGGCUUCGCGGCCGCGGAGGUGCCCAAGGUGGUGGAGGCGGCCCCGGCGGCCGAGACGUACCCGCAGGUGUAUGGGCGCUGCGAGACGACGGUGAUGUCCCCCUACAAGGGCGGGCCCGUGUACCUGUGGCUCCGCUCCAGCAUCCUGUGGCUGCGCCGCUACCCGGGCCGGCACUGGCAGCGCUGGAUGGAGCGGAACUUUGACUUCCAGAAGAUGGCCAUGAUGGGAAUCCCGGAGAUGCACAUCGACCCCACAAAGAACCGCUGGAGGUAUUACGUCGACACCAGCUACUACGGCGGCAUGCUGGACAAGGCGCACGAGGAUUUCUACCGCUACGUCAUGCUCUACCCUGCACUGGCCUAUUUUUUCUUCUUCGUUUGGGCACGCAUAAAGGAGAACGACAAGGACAACUUCAUGGCGAAGUGGAGGGUGCCCAAGGAGGAGUGA